CAUCAGGUAAAUCCAUAUUUUCUUAACAAGAGAACUGUUUCCCACAAUGCAGCACUUCGGUAACCGACCGGAGAAUAACCUGAGCUGCGAGAUGGAGAGCUUCGGUCGUGGAGGCUGGGUGAAUCAGGCCUUCAGCGGCUCUCCUGCGGCCGUCCGGCGACCCGUGAGCACCAUCUACAGCCCUCAGCCUGGGUUUCAAAGCCCUCUCGAGAAUCCCUAUCUGAACCAGGACAAAGCGCGGACUCUGCCCAAUGAGGGCAAGAAGUCUGGAUGUUGCUCCUUCUUCUUUAGAGCCAUCAAAGGACUGUGGGGAACAGCUUUGAGAAAGGAUGCAAAGGAGAAUCCUGAGCUCAACGUCAAAGCAAAUCUCAAAGAACUGCUCAUCUAUAUUGUUUUCCUCGUGGAUUUAUGCUUAUUGACCUACGGCAUGACCAGCAGCGCCACCUACUACUACACUAAAGCCAUGACGGAUUUGUUUGUGAAUCUGCCGGGCAGCAGCGGUGUGAGCUUCUCCUCCAUUGGCUGCAUGAAUGAUGUCUGGACGUAUAUGGAGGGCCCAUUACUCGACAGCCUGUACUGGACAAGGUGGUACAACGAUGAGCCUCUGGAGAAUGGAAACCAGUCCUUCAUUUACUAUGAGAACCUGCUGUUAGGAGUCCCUCGGGUCCGGCAACUCAAAGUGAAACAGAACUCCUGCAAGGUGCCCACAGACUUUAAGAAAGAGAUCAACGACUGUUUCGAUGUGUACAGCAUCAAGAAGGAGGAUGACGGCGCAUUUGGACUGAUCAACGGCACCGCCUGGCAGUAUCACUCAGAGAAGGAGAUGAAAGGCUCCAGUCAUUGGGGUUUGCUGACAACAUACAGUGGAGCAGGGUUUUAUCAAGACCUGGCAACGACUAGAGAUGAGAGCGCCGCUCUGCUGGAGGACCUGAGAGAAAACCUGUGGCUCGAUCGAGGAACGCGAAUCCUUUUCAUCGACUUCACUGCAUACAACGCCAACAUCAAUCUCUUCUGUGUUAUAAGAUUAGUGGUUGAGUUUCCAGCUACCGGUGGAGCGAUUCCAUCCUACCAGAUCCGCACCGUGAAGCUGAUUCGCUAUGUCACCACCUGGGACUACUUCAUCAUCGGCUGUGAGAUCGUCUUCUGUGUCUUCAUCUUAUAUUACAUCGUGGAGGAGAUUCUGGAAUUCCGCAUCCACAAACUUUCCCAUUUCACCAGUAUCUGGAAUAUCCUAGACAUAGUGGUGAUACUGCUUGCAGUGGUGGCGAUAGUUUUCAGUGCAUUCCGGACCAUCAAAGUGGAUGCAUUACUCGGAAACCUUCUAAAACAACCAGAUAUCUAUGCUGAUUUUGAAUUUUUGGCAUUUUGGCAAACCCAAUAUAACAACAUGAAUGCAGUCAAUCUGUUUUUUGCUUGGAUUAAGAUCUUCAAGUACAUCAGCUUCAAUAAGACGAUGACCCAGCUGACGUCCACACUGGCUCGCUGUGCUCUGGACAUCUUUGGAUUUGCCAUCAUGUUCUUCAUUGUGUUUUUUGCGUAUGCUCAGCUUGGGUACCUGCUCUUCGGGACGGAAGUUGAAACUUUCAGCACAUUCAAUAAAUGCAUUUUCACACAGUUUCGAAUCAUCCUUGGAGAUUUCGAUUAUGAUGCCAUCGAUAGGGCAAACCGAGUGCUUGGACCAAUUUACUUCUUCUCCUAUGUAUUCUUUGUCUUCUUUGUGUUACUGAACAUGUUUCUGGCUAUCAUCAAUGACACAUACUCUGAGGUGAAGUCAGAGCUCGCGUCUCAGAAAGACGAGUUCCAGAUUGCAGAUCUCAUCAAGCAGAGUUAUGCAAAGACAUUCAUGAAGUUGAAGCUUAAAAAGGAGAAGAUUUCUGAUGUUCAGAAAGCUCUGGAUUCAGGCGCGAGUGAGCUGGAGUUUAAAGAUUUCAGGAACGCGUUGAAAGAGAUGGGUCACAGUGACCAAGAGAUCUCAGCCGCUUUCUCCAAAUUCGACCAGGAUGGAAACCAGACUUUGGACAUGCAGGAGCAGGAGAGAAUGAAGCAAGAGCUGGAGGAGAAAAGGGAUGCACUCAGUGCAGAGCUGCGUGACCUGGAGAACAGUGUUGAACCUGCAGAGGAACACAGAAACGCUGUUCCUCCAGAGGACUAUCAGAGGCUGGUUCACAAAGUUUUACAGCUUGAAAAUUCUGUUGCCACAAUAAUGUCUAAACUGGAUUUUGUCAUGGAGAAAAUGAGACUUCAGACAUUCAACACAGAAAGCAGAGACAUGGAUAAGCAUACGAGUAGAGAUGAUGAAUCACGACCGGCUUCUGGAGGGAAUAUUCAAGUAAAUCUGGAAAGAGUCUUAGCUCAGGGCCCAUCCUGGUCAUUAACUGGUCCAACGGGGAGCGCGAGGAAUCGUCUGUAUCCAGAUGUAGGAUGGCCAGUCGUCACUGAAAACAGCACUUCGGCACGCCACUAAUUCCUCAAACGCAGAGUUGGUAACUGACUAAUAAUAAACCUUGUUUAGAGAGGAAGGUAUUGCUGUACAGUAGAUGAAGUAGUGCUCUUAUACCUGUUCUCCAUAUUGAUGGUUUAACGUGCAAUUACAAACUGUGAUUGACAGUCUGAUUAUAUUCCGCUUUAAGACUUGAAUAACGUUUCAGCUCGGUGUAAUUGAUGUAUUGUGGUGCGUAAAAUGUAUUCCCACAUUUCUUAGAAUUUCAACUGUAUCAGGCUGGAAAUCUUCUCAUUGAAGAAUUUUCACUAUUAGUUCUAAUUAAAUCUCAACCCAGCAAGUUUUUAAAAGAUGUCUAAUAGACAUCUAAACACAGUCAUCUUGGCUAAAACAAGGCUAAACUUGGGCUGACAGUGAAAAAAAAAAUAGACUAGUCAUCAAAUAAACAGAAAUGAAUGACUAUACAUAUAAAGUCUGUCUAAUCUCUAUUUGACGACUAGUCUAGUUUUGGGCUAUUCUUAGAUGUCUAUUAGAUUUUCACUGACAGCCCAAGUUGAGCCUUGUUUUAGCCACACGGUCUAUGUUUAGAUGUCUACUAGACGUCUAUUAAACUAAAUUAUUUGCUGGGAACUUUCUUUCCAAUCGCAUAACAUGGAAACUUGACUGAAAGCUGAUAUUAGACUGCUGCAUUUGACAUGUUCUGAAAAGUCCCUGUGUAUUAUUAGCCUUUGGAAAGUUGUUGUGUACAUUUUUCUAAACUUAUUUCUCCUUUGAUAUGAACUUGUAUUUUAUAGUGUGAAGCAUAUCGGUAUAUAACCAAACAACUAUAGUUUAUAUUAAUCUUGGAACAAUAUCACUUGCAUGUAUACAAAGACGUUUAUAUUUAGGUAAUGAA